AAGCCACUCUUCAAAUCACAUAGCUAUCCAAUUUCAUCCACACCUCAGCACUGAGACACAAUCCCAAUCCUAUUAUCAUUUUUGUCUCUUAAUAAAAUAAUAUAAUGUACAAUCUUCAAAGCACACGACACCACCAAAACAUUCUCUUACUUUGUUCACUAUAAGGCUGCAAGAAACUAUAUAGCUUCUACAUAUUUAUGUUAAAACCAUUUUUCUCAGCUCAUCACACAAAAGAGAAGCAACCAAGAAGAUUCUUAGAGAGAGAUUGAAAUGGCUGCAAAAUUGAAGAAAUGCAUGAUGCUAUGCUGCACCCGCAAACCUGUGAAAGAGGAAAUGACGAAGGAGACAUGCGACGAAGCCAUUGCCGCUCUCCAGAAGCUUCUUAGCGAGAAAGGCGAGCUGAAGGCGGCCGCCGCCGCGAAGGUGCGGCAGUUGACGGCGGAAUUGGCGGGCGCGCGGCGUCAGAAUGCGGCGGUUAAGUCGGUUUCCGACCCGGUGGAGGAGAGGAUCCGGGCCGGGUUCGAUCACUUCAAAAAAGAGAAAUACGAGAAGGAUCCUGCCUUGUACUCGAAGCUAGCCAUUGGCCAAUCCCCAAAGUUUUUGGUAUUUGCAUGCUCGGAUUCCCGAGUUUGCCCUUCACAUAUCCUAAAUUUCCAACCAGGGGAGGCAUUUGUUGUCCGAAAUAUAGCUAAUAUGGUUCCACCCUUUGAUAAGACAAAAUAUUCAGGAGUUGGGGCCACCAUUGAAUAUGCAGUACUACACCUCAAGGUGGAGAAUAUUUUGGUUAUUGGUCACAGCUGCUGUGGAGGCAUCAAGGGCCUCAUGUCCAUUCCUAGUGAUGGCACAACAAAAAGUGAUUUCAUCGAAGAUUGGGUGAAGAUUGGCAAGAAUGCCAAGGCUCGAGUUGAAACAGAAUGCAAGAAUUUAAACUUCGAAGAGAAAUGCAGCAAACUAGAGAGGGAAGCUGUGAAUAUAUCACUUGGGAAUUUGUUGAGCUAUCCAUUUGUGAAGGAAGCUGUUGUGAAGAAAACCCUAAUGGUGAAGGGAGCACAUUAUGAUUUUGUGAAGCCCUCUUUUGAGCUUUGGGACCUAGACUCUAGAUUGUCUCCUUCCAUUACAUUUCGAUGAUCGUGUUGUGAAAUAACUUUUGUUGAGUUUGAUAUAUUUUGAUUGUGUAAAAAUCUUGAAUAAUUUCACAUGAUAUAUAUGAGUUAUCUAUACUAUAAUUUA